AUUGUAUAUGACGUGGACAAUGAGCCACAUCCCUCCUAAUGACGAACAAACCAGACAGGACCGACCUCUUGUUUGUCUCCACACCCAGUAAUACCUGCUUUUAAGCCCGUGCGUGAGCCUACCAGCAUUGUCGUCCGUGCAGCAGCACAGCCCCACAGGUGGUGGUACUGCGUCUACAUCUACACGGCGCCUCAGAGAGCCGGACACGACCGAGAAACAACCGAAGAAGAAGAAACUGUUCCUAGCAUGGAGAGGCACGGCGUGUCGGUGUAGUGGAGGCGGAGGUCGCUGCGUCAGCAGGAGCCUGUUCAACAUUCAGCACAAGCUAGCGACCUGUUAGCUGCUUAGCUCCCGUGCUAACUUGAAGCUAACGCAGCGUAGCGGCUGCUGCUAACAUGAGGCUCAAAGUGGGAUUCAUUCUGCGGAGCCUGCUGGUCAUCGGCACGUCUGGCCUGUUGGUGCUCUGGUCCACCCUGACCCCCAACGCCAACAGAGACAGCCCGUUUGAGAAAAGGGAUGACAGCUUGUUGCCCAAAGGUGACCUUGCAGAGCAGUUUAAGCCUGUGAUGCCCUGGCCUCAUGUGGAGGGGGUGGAGGUCGACCUCGACUCCAUCAGACUGAAACACGGAGGGGCCGACCUUCCCAAGGAUUCAAAGGAGCAAUCCAACCAGAAGCAGGUGAUUCAACAGCAGUAUGUGACAUUCGGACCUCACACACACGCCUACACUAGCCCCGUCCUGAAGAAAGGUAUCCUGGGAAAUUUUGAGCCUAAGGAGCCUGAACCUCCAGGGGUCCCCGGUGGACCCGGAGAGGGCGCUAAGCCGUUUGUCCUGGGUCCAGAGUACAAAGACUCGGUUCAGGCCUCCAUCAAAGAGUUUGGCUUCAACAUGGUUGCCAGUGACAUGAUUUCACUGGACAGAACAAUCAAUGACAUACGCCACGAAGAGUGUAAGUACUGGCACUACGACGACAGACUGCUCACAUCCAGCGUGGUGAUAGUCUUCCAUAACGAAGGCUGGUCAACGCUGAUGAGGACUGUCCACAGUGUCAUCAAGAGGACUCCUCGCAGGUACCUGGCUGAGAUUGUCCUGAUAGAUGACUUCAGUAACAAAGUCCAUCUGAAGGAGCGCCUGGAGGAGUACAUCAAGCAGUGGAACGGCCUCGUCAAACUCUUCAGGAAUGAGAAGAGGGAAGGAUUAAUACAGGCCAGGAGCAUUGGAGCCAAGAAGGCCACCAAAGGACAGGUGCUGGUCUACCUGGAUGCUCACUGUGAGGUCGGGAUCAACUGGUACGCUCCACUGAUCGCUCCCAUUUCAAAGGACAGAACGGUGUGUACGGUGCCUCUGAUCGACUCCGUCCACGGCGAGACAUUCACCUUUGAGCCCCAGGGUGGAGGAGACAGCAACGGUUUUGCUAGAGGCGCCUGGGAUUGGAGCAUGCUGUGGAAGAGAAUCCCUCUGGGAGCCAGGGAGCAUAAGCUGAGAAAAACUCAGACUGAGCCUUAUAGGUCUCCAGCCAUGGCAGGAGGUCUCUUUGCUAUAGAAAGAGACUUUUUCUUUGAGCUGGGACUGUACGACCCUGGACUGCAGAUAUGGGGAGGGGAGAAUUUUGAAAUAUCUUACAAGAUCUGGCAGUGUGGUGGCCAGCUGCUCUUUGUGCCCUGUUCUCGCGUCGGCCACAUCUACAGACUUCAGGGAUGGCAAGGCAACCCUCCGCCAGCACAUGUUGGAUCCUCGCCUACUCUCAAGAACUAUGUUCGUGUGGUGGAGGUUUGGUGGGACGACUAUAAGGACUACUUCUACGCCAGCCGCCCUGAAACUCUGACUCUGGCCUACGGAGACAUCAGUGACCUUAAACGAUUCAGGGAGGAGCAUCGAUGCAAAAGUUUCAAGUGGUUCAUGGAGGAAAUAGCAUACGACAUUCCACAGCACUACCCACUUCCUCCUAAAAAUGUAGAGUGGGGGGAGAUCCGGGGCUUCGACACCAGUUACUGCAUCGACAGCAUGGGACACACUAACGGAGGGAAUGUAGAGCUGGGCCCGUGCCACAGGAUGGGUGGAAACCAGCUGUUCCGCAUCAAUGAAGCCAACCAGCUGAUGCAGUAUGAUCAGUGCCUGACCAUAGGAGGCGACAAGUCUGCUAUCAUCAUCACACACUGUGAAACCAACCAGCACAUGGAGUGGAAGUACUUCAAGGAUCUGCAUCGAUUCACUCAUGUGCCAACAGGAAAAUGUCUGGACCGCUCCGAUCUGCUUCACAAAGUGUUCGUAUCAGACUGUGACACCAGUAAAACCACUCAGAAAUGGGAGAUGAAUAACAUCGUGGCUGUGUGAAGACAUCUGGGAGAGAUCUGUUUAGAGGAAGAAUACCUGACACCUAGGUGUUGGUGUACCUCCAACAAAAUGAAGCCCAAAUGGUUUAACUGUUGACAUCGGCCCAAAUGUGAAGGUUGCUCUGACACUCCAGAAGAGUUUGAUCCAGAGCUGCUGGAUGAACACGAACUGUCCCUGGUGGUUGUUUACACUGUCUCUGUCCUUUCAGGCUCUCAGGUCUUUUCUAAUUUUCUCAUUGCAUUUGUGAAAUGAAUCCCAUCAAGUCUUAAGAUUAUUAGGUCUGUUUAGUCCUCGGCCAAACUGAUGAGCUGACUUACCAAAGAGUUUAGACUUCAGUCACAUCAUCAUCAUCAUCAUCAUGGGUGUGGUUUUUAGUCUGCCGCUGGAAAAAGACCAGGAUGAAGAAGGUCCUCAGUUUAACGGAGGAAAAGAGCGACAAGCAGCACAUUUUGAAGAAUAUUUGGACGUGGUGACUCGCUGCUGCUGUUUGCUUUGAUUUGGUUUUAUUGGAUCUUCACAAACAAACCCCUCGUCUGGCCUAAGUGUGAUUUUGAUUGCACAGGCUCAGUUUGGCUCAUUGGUGAUUUUAUUUUCAUUUACCAAAAUGUUGAAAAGGCAAAAAAAAAAAAGGAUUUCCUCCCAUUCGCGUCCCUAAGCUGUGGCGGCGUUUCCUUCCUCUGUGCUGAGCUUUCAAACCAGCAUGAACUCCUGAACUUUAGCGCUUUGCUCCUCACAGGCUUCAUUUACUCUCUGACAUACACUGGGAUACUCUAAAGGAUGUGUGGGUCGCCGUCUUACCGACAGUCUGGAUGAGAAAUAUAGAGUUUAGUAGCUGACCAGUACUGUGACUCAUUAGUAAUCGGGGUGGGGUUGGAGGCAGGAUUAUUAACAUGUAAAAAAUGCACAAUUAUUGUGGUUAAAAAAAGAAGAUGUUUUUGUUUUGUGUGCAGCAGGGAGGGGCUUUGGUGUUUGGAUGUUUUGUACUGUGUAAAUAAUCAUUUCUAAAGAUGAUCGUGAUGGAUUGAGGGCUUGAAUGAUCUUGUAAAUAGCUAACUUAUAGCAGAGAUUUCAUAAUGUGGGCUGAGGAAAUAAAUGACCUGAUUUUUACAACUAUAA